GAAGAGAAGCCUAAGGUGGGCGUGAAGACCAAGAAUGACCACAUCAACCUGAAGGUAGCAGGGCAGGAUGGCUUGGUGGUGUAUUUCAAGAUCAAGAGGCACACCCCACUGAGCCAGCUGAUGAAGGCCCACUGUGAGUGGCAGGGCUUGUCUAGGAGACAGAUUAGAUUCGGGUUUGGUGGGCAGCCCAUUAAUGAAACAGAUGCUGUAGCGCAGUUGGAGAUGGAGGAUGAACACCCCUUUGACGUGUUCCAGCAACAGAAUAGAGGUGCAGCCUCCAGAGGGACGAUCCUGUACCUUUCAUUCACUGUGGCAUGCUGUAUUCCUGGAUUUCACCGAAUGAGGAUCCUUCAACCUCUCUCAGAUCAUCCCCAGUAUACGAGAAUGCAGAAUCACAACUUGGAUGCUCAACUUUGCCAUGCUACAUUCAUCAGAAAGACGUGA